GGUUUGCAAGAGCCACGCUCUAUUUCCAGAUAUUUUGCUUAUUGGCAUUUAUAUAAAUUUACAAUGAAGUGGCAAAAAUUGAAGCCCAAGACUAUCCAUCACCAUCACCAUCACCACCACCACCACCACCACCACCACCAUCAUCAUCAGGCUUCAAGGACCAACAGCUCCCACCACUUUGGGCUUCAGGUGACACGCAGAGCUGACACUAUGGUUCAUCAGGUGCUCUAUCGAGCGCUGGUCUCCACCAAGUGGCUGGCGGAAUCCAUUCGGUCCGGCAAGGUGGGGCCAAGCCUUCGGGUGCUGGACGCGUCAUGGUACUCACCAGGGACCCGCCAGGCACGCAAAGAGUACCAGGAGCGACACGUGCCUGGCGCGUCCUUCUUUGAUAUAGAGGAGUGCCGGGACACGACUUCGCCUUACGAGAUGAUGCUGCCCAGUGAGGCCCACUUUGGGGACUACGUGGGCAACCUGGGCAUAAGCAACGACACACACGUCGUGGUAUACGAUGGAGACGACCUGGGCAGCUUCUAUGCACCCAGAGUAUGGUGGAUGUUUCGUGUGUUUGGCCACCGCACAGUAUCAGUGCUCAAUGGUGGUUUCCGGAACUGGCUGAAGGAGGGCCACCCGGUGACAUCUGAACCCUCGCGGCCAGAGCCAGCCGUUUUCAAAGCCACACUGAACCGCUCCCUGCUCAAGACCUAUGAGCAGGUCCUGGAGAACCUCCAGUCUAAAAGGUUCCAGCUGGUGGAUUCUCGGGCCCAGGGACGGUACCUGGGCACACAACCGGAGCCCGAUGCAGUAGGACUGGACUCAGGCCACAUCCGUGGCUCUGUCAACGUGCCCUUCAUGAACUUCCUGACAGAAGAUGGCUUCGAGAAGAGCCCAGAGGAGCUGCGUGCCAUAUUCCAGGACAAGAAGGUGGACCUCUCCCAGCCCCUUAUCGCCACAUGCCGCAAAGGGGUCACUGCUUGCCACAUUGCCCUGGCUGCCUACCUUUGUGGCAAGCCCGAUGUGGCUGUUUACGAUGGCUCCUGGUCAGAGUGGUUUCGCAGGGCCCCCCCGGAGACCCGUGUGUCCCAGGGGAAGAGUGGGAAGGCCUGAGUGUGUGCAGCCUCCUCUUCCGCCCACCAGAUCCAGCCAGUUCCCUUCAGUCAGGCUUGUAUGACCUGCUGAAGGUUCGCCUCUUACGCAAUGGAGAUUGACAGGAUUUUAGAAUUCCUCUUGGUGCCUUCCCCCCUCCCUCUACACUGGAAUAAAGUGCCUUUUCUCAGUA